GUACAAGUCUAAAUCGGAAACUGGGUUAACAUGUAAAAACUAGAUUAUGACCCGAGCUUUUCCAGCUGAUUGUGAUUUAAAACAAAAAUGGCAGCUAUCGGAAGAGUAUUUUCCACUCGGUUUACUUUUCGAAAUCAAUUCUUGGGACACAGAUGUAUCCCGGUCCAGUCUGCAUCAGCUGUAAAACGCUACGGGACAGCCACAGACGACAAGGACUACGCCCUGGAGAUGGCCUGCUCUAACAUCCGGUAUGGCGUCGGGGUCACGCGCGAGGUCGGCAUGGACUGCGCCAAUUUGUGCGCGAAGCACGUUCUGGUAGUGACAGACGCUCGACUUGCCCGGAUGAAGCCCGUGCAGACCGUGCUGGAAGCCCUGGACAGUCAGAAGAUCCCCUACAAGGUGUACGACCGCGUUAGGGUGGAGCCGACUGACGUCAGUUUCAAGGAAUGCAUCGAUUUCGCAAAGGGCGACAACUUCGAUCUGUUUCUAGCGGUUGGCGGUGGAAGCGUUAUCGAUACGUGCAAGGCCGCUAACCUGUACUCGACAAAGCCCGACGCUGAGUUACUAGACUUUGUGAACGCACCGAUCGGUCGAGGACUAUCUAUUGAACACAAGCUGAAACCACUCAUCGCAGUGCCGACGACGGCUGGGACCGGAAGUGAGACGACGGGGACGGCGGUGUUCGAUUAUCUGCCCAUGAAGGCGAAAACAGGCAUAGCAAGUCGUGCAUUGCGGCCGGACCUGGGGAUUGUGGACCCUGAACAUCUAAUAACCGUCCCCGAACGGGUCGCGUGCUAUAGCGGCAUAGACGUGCUCUGUCACGCUAUCGAGUCUUACACAGCCAAGCCCUACAACGAGCGACGUCCCCGACCCGCGAAUCCCAAACUCCGCCCCUCGUAUCAGGGCAGUAACCCUAUCAGCGACAUGUGGUCCCUUUACGCGCUCAGACUCACCGCAAAAUACAUCAAGAGAGCCACGUACAACGCAGACGACUUCGAGGCUCGCUCAGCCAUGCACCUCGCCAGCGCGUACGCCGGUAUUGGGUUCGGAAACGCGGGCUGCCAUCUCUGUCACGGCAUGUCGUAUCCGAUUUCCGGUAACGUCGGCAACUACAUAGAAGAAGGUUACGAACCGGAUCUACCACUCAUCCCCCACGGCCUGUCGGUUAUCGUGUCGGCCCCUGCGGUGUUCGAGUUUACUGCGCCUGCGUGUCCGCAGCGUCAUCUGGAGGCAGCAGAGGCUCUAGGAGCUGACGUCAGCAAGGUGCGCGCAGAGGAUGCCGGGAAGGUGCUUACUGACACGCUGCGCGGUCUGCUAGUCGAACUGAAAGUGCCCAACGGAUUGAAGGCGCUCGGGUACGACACGGACUGCAUUCCAACGAUGGUGGGCGGAACUAUGCCGCAGCAUCGCCUUAUCAAGCUGUCUCCACGUGACGUCAACGAGGAACAGAUGCACGAACUCUUCGCCAAAUCUAUGACUAUUUACUGACCACGUGUUAACAACUAUUUAUUGACCACGUGACAAAAUACUAUUUUCCGACCACGUGUCAACAACUAUUUGCUUACAUCUUAACACAAUUCUAUUUACUGACCACGUGUCAACAACUAUUUACUGACCACGCGUCAAUGACUAGUAACUACCAACGUGGCAAAUGAUUUUUUACUGACCACGUACAAAAAACUAUUUACUGACCACGUUGAACAACGUUUCACUUAGCACGUGUGCCGACACGACUACUCAAUGACCACGUGUCAACAGCUAGUUACUUACCACGUGUCACACGACUAUUUUCUGACCACGUGUCUUACGACUAUUUAAUGACCACAUGUGACAUAGCCAUUUAAUAAUCACGCCUUACAUUAUCAUGUAGCAAGUAUCGACGCACAUAUAUCACGUGUUUCCGCCAAAAAACGCACGUGACAAAACAGAAGGAAAGAGAAAUAACUGAGCCCGAAGACAAAGUCAUAGGCGGAAAUGGUUCGACAAACAAAUCAUUACAUUUAAAUGCAUCAUUUUGAUCUACGCGUAAUUUAGAUUUACUUUCAAUUUAAGAAAACGCAAAUCGUGUACUUGAAUGCAUGUAUAUCAAGGAGGAUUCGGUUGAAUGGCUGGUUUGAUUAAACAGUAUUUUAGUCAUGUGCUUUUGUGAAAUGUUUUUUAUAUAUGAAUUACAAAGACGAUAUUGUCGUCCAUUGUUAGUUCAUGUGUGUUUGUUAGGUGUCUGUAUUCUGUUAUAUGUGUUUAUGCAUAUACAAGUAUUCCGAUAUACUUUCGGACAUUCACAUAAAUAUCGAACCUUG